AUGAUUAACACUGACAUCUAUAUGAAACACUCCCUGGAAUAUUUCAUCACCGCAUCCUAUGGACUUCCAGACUUUCCAGAGUAUUUUGCUGCAGGGAUGGUUGAUGGAGUUCAGAUUGGAUACUAUGACAGCAACAUGAAGACAGCAAAACCAUCUGAUUGGACAAGAGAAUUCUUAAGAAACAACCAAGACCACCUGAAGUGGUAUUCAGAGAUAUGUUUGGGAGAUCAGAACCGCAUCAGGGCUCACAUUUCAGGAAUCAUGCAGAGCUUAAACCAAAGUAGAGGUGUGCACGUUUUGCAGAUGAAUGCUGGCUGUGAGUGGGAUGAGGAGACUGACAAGACUGUUAGUUUUAUGAAGUUCAGUUAUGAUGGACAAGUUUUCAUGAAUUUGGACCUUCAGGCAUGGACAUGGACUGUUCUAAAACCUGAGGCAUUCAUGACCAAACUCAUAUGGGAUACUCAGAAAAGUAGAUUAGAGUUCAUAAAAGGCUUAUACAACUACGACUGCCCCUCUCGGCUGAAGCAGUAUUUGCCCCAUGGGAGAAAGUAUCUGCAGAGAACAGCGCUUCCUACGGUAUCUCUCAUCCAGAAGUAUCUGGCCCCUUCAGUCAGCUGCUUCACCACAGGUUUCUACCCUGACAGAGCUGUGAUGUUCUGGAGGAAAGAUGGAGAGGAAAUUCAUGAAGAUGUGGAUUACAGAGAGAUCCUCCCAAACCAUGAUCACACCUUCCAGAUGAGUGUUGACCUGAACAUUUCAUCAGUGAAACUUGAGGACUGGGAGAGGUACGAAUGUGUGUUUCAGCUUGAUGGAGUGAAGGAGGACAUCAUCACCAGACUGGAUAAAUCACUGAUCCCUGAUGGUAAGACCAGUUUGCCCUCCUGGUUUCCCGUUGGUCUUGGAGUUUUUGCAGGACUGCUGCUCCUGUCUGUUUGCAUCGCUGGAUUUGUCAUCAGGAGAAAAAACAAAAAUGAUUUCCAGGCUGUUAAAGGAGAACAGGAUAAACCAGAGACAGAGCCAAGCUCCACCACAUGA